CUAACCCAUUCCCCCGUCCCCCACCUCCUCGUACCCCAAUCGCCUUCAGUAACACCACCAGGACGAUGGCUAGCGCAGCUCGGACCUCCGAACGCUUCCUCGCCGACCGCGACGCGCCGCUGUGCUCGCUCAACAUAGCCAAGUCCUUCGGGCAGCUGACGAAGGAGGAAAAGCUCUACGCGCACUACGUCGGCCAGGCGUCGUGGGCGGGCGCAAGGAUCAUCCAGGGGCAAUGGACUCCGCAGGCGGAGAAGCUCUACGACCUCCUCGUCCUCACCUUCGCCGACCAGAGCCGGGCCAAGCUUGCGGACCUGGAGAAGCUGAAGGCUGGCGCGAAACUGAGCGAGGACGAGUGGAACGAUCUGCUGCAGUACACCAUUCAGGUCCUCAGCAAUUUGGUGAACUAUCGCUCCUUCGGGUUCACGAAGAUCUUCCCCCGCAUCCCCCCGGAAACGUUCGAGGCCGUCGUGCAGAAGUCGGCGAACGCAGCGGAGACCGUUCCGCUUUGGAACGAGCUCAAAGACCACAUUUAUGAGGACUCCCCGGAGCCCGUUCUCUCAAUCGGUAAGCGCAGCCUCGGGCACGUCAGCAACUAUUAUCUGGGCGAGCCCAUCACGGACGAGGAGAAUGCCGCGAUCCAGGCCAAGGCUGAAGAGAUCAAUGUCGACAUCCUGAACACUCGAGUACGCAAGGAUUCUAUCGACGAGUUCACCUUGCUCGUUGCGAGCGCGAGCGCUCUGGCACCUACGACCCACACCUUCGAGGUCAACGGCCAGGAAGCGAAGCUCACCGUAGAAUAUGGUGAUUUCGCUGGACCGCUUACGAAAGCUGUCGCCGCUCUGUACGAGGCCAAGAAGUAUGCCGCGAAUGCGAACCAAAAGGCCAUGAUCAACGGCUACAUCGAAUCGUUCGAGACCGGUUCGAUUCCGGACCACAAGGAGGCGUCCAAGUUUUGGGUCAAGGAUGUCGGACCCAUUGUGGAAAGCUACAUUGGCUUCAUCGAGCACGUCGCAUGCAUCUACUGGACCUACGUCGACCCGUACGGCGGUCGCGCCGAGUGGGAAGGCUUUACCGCUAUCGUUGACAAAGCGCUCUCGGCCAAGUACGAAAAGCUUGUCGACCAGGCGCCCGAACUGAUCAAGGACCUGCCCUGGGGAACCGAUUUCGAGGUUGACGUGUUCAAGCGUCCGGAUUUCACCGCGCUGGAGAUCCUAACCUUCGCCACGGGCGGUAUCCCCGCCGGCAUCAACAUUCCCAAUUACUACGACAUCCGCGAGAGCACCGGCUUCAAGAACGUCUCGCUCGCCAACAUCCUCGCCGCCAAGGCACCCAAUGAAGAGAUCACCUUCAUCCACCCGGACGACCUCGACACGUUCGCCGCCUGGGACGGCCGCACGUUCGAGCUCCAAGUGGCGAACCACGAGCUGCUCGGGCACGGCUCGGGCAAGCUCUUCCAAGAGGCCGCCGACGGCUCGAAGAACUUCGACCCGGCCAAGGUGAUCAACCCGCUCACGGGAGAACCCAUCACGUCGUGGUACAAGCCCGGGCAGACGUCUGGAUCUGUACUCGGCGAGUGCUCGUCCUCGCUCGAAGAGUGCCGCGCGGAGACGGUCGCGCUCUACCUGUGCAGCAAUCCGACGAUCUUGAAGCUGUUCAACUACGUGGAAGAGGAGGAUGUUAAGACGAUCCAGCAUAUGUCCUUCCUCCUGAUGGCACGUGCAGGCCUCCGCGCGCUCGAGUUCUACGACCCCGUCGCCAAGAAGCACGGCCAGGCGCACAUGCAAGCUCGUCUGGGCAUCUUCCAGUUCUUGAUCAAAGAGGGCCUCGCGACGGUCGAAGAGGUCCGCGGCGCGGACGGCAAGCUCGAGAACCUCUACGUCCGCUGCGACAAAGAGCGCGUGCUCUCGCACGGCAAGGCCGCCGUCGGCAAACUGCUCGUCGACCUGCAGGUGCGGAAGAGCACGGCGGACGGCCCGGGUGCGCGCAAGUUCUAUACGGAACUGACCACGCCGUUCGACGGCUGGGAUGGCGAGUACCGCGACCUCGUCAUUGCCAAGAAACAGCCGAGGAAGAUCUUCGUCCAGCCCAACACGUUUGUGGAGGAUGGCGAGGUCGUGCUGAAGGAGUAUCCUUUGACGCCCGUAGGCUGCAUCGAGUCUUUCAUCGAACGCCGUCUCUAAGGGGGUCGAUGACGAAACAGUUGAAGCAUGUUGUAUCUAUUAGUCGGUAAAUAUGAUGAUAUCUAGUCAAACUCAGCCAGC